AUGGAUGCAUACCAUAGGCCUCAAUGCCUUCCAGGGACGCGCACGAAAAUCCAGAAAGAUAUCGUCGAGUGGGCAUCCUCGUGCUCAGAUCAGAACGUCUUCUGGUUGCAUGGGAUUGCAGGCUCUGGCAAGAGUACAGUCAGCACGACGAUCGCGGAACACUUCCGUACUAUUUCCCGCCUCGGUGCCCAUCUUUUCUUCGAACGUGGAAAGAGCGAUCCUAGCCUCGUUAUCCGAACGCUUGCAUAUAAACUCGCCUUGUUCGAUUCCGCGGUGGCCAAACAUGUCAGUAUGGCCAUUGAUCAGGAUAAAGAGAUUGCUCAGGCCAUGGCCGCAACCCAGUUUGAGAGUCUUCUUUACCAUCCCCUUGCCUCGGUUUCGGAUGCAAUGCAAGGGCCCGUUGUUAUUGUUCUUGACGCGCUGGAUGAAUGCGGAUCGGAGGGGACGAGGAGAAUGCUGUUGGAGAGUCUUCGAAAGGGACUGCCUUCACUACCGAAGCAAUUCCGGUUCCUCAUUACGAGCAGGAAGGAACUGGACAUUGUUCGAGUCUUAUCCUCUCAGCCUGACUGUAUUGUUCCUAUUGAGCUGGAACACGACUCGGAAGCAUGCAAGGGCGAUGUGCUUCGUUAUAUUGAGAACGGAAUGCGCAAUGUGCUCAUAAAGAAUGAGCUGCGUAUACCAGCGGAUUGGCAAUUGAGAAUGGAUCGUCUCGGAGAUGCAGCAGGUGGACUUUUCAUCUGGGCAUCGACAGCGAUCAAGCUGGUGGAUCGUGAUUAUCCUUCCCGGAGACUAAAUGACCUUGUAUCACAAUUACAAUCCCUUUCUGGCCUCGACAAUUUGUACCGUACUAUCCUCGAGGCGUCUGGCAUUUCGUUCGAUGACAAAGUAUCCAGGGCUCGCUUUUCUCAAGUCCUUGGGCUUAUCCUUCUCUGCAAAAUCCCAUUAUCAGACGACACAAUUGACGGUAUUUUAGGUUACUCAGACGACGAGUCAUCACGAGUUAUCCUGGCGCGGUUACAAGCCGUGCUGGUAUAUACUCCAGGAGCACCUAUCCGCGUUUGUCAUACGUCCUUCCGUGACUAUUUGUUAGCUUCAGGGCGCGCAUACGACGACUGGUUCAUUGAUCUAGAAGUUCAAAGGAAGUUCAUUGCUUCACGAUGCUUCGAUGUCAUGAGGCAUAUGCUGCGCUUUAAUAUCUGCAGCAUACAGUCCUCGUAUCUUCGUAACAAUCAAAUUCCGGACCUUCAGGUUCGUAUCAAAGCCAAUGUUCCUCCUCAACUAGAGUACGCAUGUGUCUUCUGGACCCAACACUUACACGACACGCAAUUCUCGCACGCAUUGUUGUACGAGCUGUCAGACCUCCUUAAUAAUCGCCUUCCGUAUUGGCUUGAAGUGAUGAGCCUUUUGGAAAAGGUCAACAUUGCCAGUCCGGCACUCCUCCAUGCCAUCGACUGGUCACACGACGCGGAUGUCCUGAUGUCCCUUAAGGACUCACGCAGAAUGAUUACUAAGUAUUUGGUUGCCAUUUCGCAAUCAACGCCUCAUAUCUAUGUUACUGUCCUCCUGUUUGCGUCGAUGGAGUCAAGGUUUAUAGCGCGUCACUUGAAAUCUGGACAACCUAUUGUACAAGUGAAGCAAGAAGGCAUAAUGCAGCAAUCUCCGUUCUUGAAAGAACUCAAAGCGCAUAAAAACUGUGUGCGCUCCGUUGCUUUCUCACCCGACGGUGCCCUCGUCGCUUCUGGUUCCAUUGACGCAACAAUUCGGAUUUGGGAUGCUGAAAGUGGACAAGUCAUUUCCGGCCCUUUCGAAGGGCUAACCGACUGUGUUGCUUUCUCGCCUGACAGUACUCGCAUUGUCUCCGGAUCUGGUAGUACAGUCAGGAUUUGGAAUAUUGAGAAAGGGCAGACCAUUUCGGAACCUUUCGAAGGCCAUACUGGUCCUGUUCGUUCAGUUGCUUUCUCGCCAGAUGGGAUGUAUGUUGUCUCUGGAUCGACAGACAAGACCAUUAUUAUCUGGAAUGUUGACAGUGGCCAAAUCGUUUCUGGACCCUUCGAAGGGCACACAGGCAGUAUCCGGUCCGUUGCUUUCUCUCCUGAUGGACAACAAAUUGUCUCUGGCUCCGGUGACAAGACGAUUCGAAUCUGGGACGUUAAAAGUGGACAGACUAUUUUUGGUCCUAUCAAAGGUCAUGGAGGCAAAGUCACGUCAGUCGCUUUUUCUCGUGACGGUACACGUGUUGUUUCAGGCUCGGAAGACGGAGAGAUCCGAUUUUGGGUUGCUAAGAGUGGGGUAACUUCUGUUGCUCUCUCUCCAGAUGGGAAGCGUAUUGUAUCUGGCUCUUAUGACAGGACAGUGCGAAUCUGGGACGUUGAAUCCAGGCAAGUUGUUUCAGGGCCUUUCAAGGGGCAUACAGGGACUGUAUGGUCCGUUGCAUUCUCCCCUGACGGGGCCCGUGUCGCCUCGGGCUCCGAUGACUGCACAAUCCGAUUAUGGGACACUGAAAAUUUACGUCGUGUUUCUGGGCGCUUUGAGGGGCAUACAGAUGACGUGAAUUCUGUUGCUUUCUCGCCCAAUGGAAGAUACGUCGCUUCUGGCUCCGACGACGAAACAAUACGAAUCUGGGACACUGAAAAUGAGCGCGCUGUUUCCAGACCUUUCAAAGGGCACUCGGAAAGAAUCUGGUCCGUCACCUUUUCUCCAGAUGGAAGAUGUGUCGCAUCUGGCUCUGGGGAUAAGACAAUUCGAAUCCGGGACACUGAAACUGGGAGAAUAAUCUCUGGACCUUUCGAAGGGCACAAAGACACGGUCUGGUCUGUCUCCUUCUCUCCAGAUGGAAGACGCAUCGUUUCUGGUUCUGGCGAUAGUUCUCUCCGAAUUUGGGAUGUCGAAAGCGGACUGACGAUUUCCGGUCCUUUCAAAGGGCAUGACGGCCUUGUCUGUUCAGUCGCUUUUUCGCCUAAUGGGCGACACGUUGUCUCUGGAUCUUCCGAUAAAACAAUCAUAAUCUGGGACGUUGAAAGCUUGGAAGUAAUUUCUGGACCCUUGAAGGGACACAUGCGUGCAGUUCGGUCAGUGGCAUUCUCUCCCGACGGUACACGUGUUGUUUCCGGUUCUGACGACACAACCAUCUUGAUCUGGGACGUCGAGAGUGGAAAAAUCGUUGCCGGGCCUUUCAAAGGCCAUACGAACUGGAUUCGGUCUGUUGCCUUCUCUCCUGAUGGAACACGUGUCGUCUCGGGUUCCGGCGAUAAGACGAUCCGUAUAUGGGACGUUGACAGUGGACAUGUGCCUCUUGCGCCUCUUGAAGGCCAUACUAAUUCCGUUUUGUCGGUUGCAUUCUCGCCUGAUGGAAUGCGUGUUGUCUCUGGCUCCAUGGAUCAUACAAUAAGAGUGUGGAACAUAGAAGGUAAGAGGACAAUGUUCUCCCUUGCUCAGAGGUCCAUGUCUGGCAACUUAUCUAUCAUCUUUGCUUUCAAUAUAGAUCCUGUCUUUGAUUGGACGUUGUCUGAAGAUGGCUGGAUAUGUGGACACGGAGGGGAACUGCUCUUGUGGAUUCCGCUUGAGCGACGUCCUACACUAUGGCAAGCUCGGAAUACUGCAGUUUUCAAUUGCCAAUUCUCGUCUAGGUUAGACUUUGCAAAUGCUGCUCUCGGCGAACGGUGGCAGGAAUGUUUUGAACCAAUUCAGUGA